UAAAACAUGCCAGUUUUUAAGUAUUAAUUAUCAAACUAAAGAUGUAAAACAAAGUCUAAAACCGGCCGUUUAUGAAGUAGGACAUCAAACGGGCCGCUGGUCAUAAUGUUUUGCAGGUUUUUAAGUUUCGUUUUCAGUGAAGCGAAGAAAAACGAAAGAGAAGCAGCUGAUGCUGAAACACAACAGCUGAUCAGGAGAAACACCGGAGCUGCUGUUCGGAUCCUCCAACCGAACUUCGGGUCCAGUAGUCCGGUCCGAUGUCUCGCUUGUUUUGUCGGUCCUUCCCAUCACUGUCCCUUUUUCUGGAUCACAGGCAGCUCGCAAUGAGAGGCCUCAGCAACUACUGCCUGUCCUGCUGUGUGAACACUCUGCUACAGACCCUGAAUGCUACCUGGGAACUAGCAGAGAUCUUAGAAAAGUGGAACCCAGAUGGUUUGAGAUGCCCAGAUGGUCAUAAUGUCCCCCUCCAGCUGAAGAAAGUUCUCAAAGCCAUGCAGGAAGAUCUUCCUCAGCCGGCUCCACAUGAAGGUUUCCUCCACUGCUUGGACAGAAACCACAUUCGACUGAAAACGCAGCACGACGCAGACGAGGUUUUCCUCUCCAUUCUGGAUUUGAUGCAGCGGCACAUGGAUAACAAAGCUGUGGCUCUUGAAAUUCAGAGUCUCUAUAAGAUCUCAGUGGAGACACACCUGCAGUGUUUGGAGUGCAACACCAUCCAGACUCGAAACAGUCACCUGCUCAGCCUGCCGUUACACAUAAAGGAGGAACAAAACACUCUGGAAGACUGCAUGAACUCUUUCUUCGAGCAGCAGGAGCUGAGAGGCAUUGAUUGCUGUCUUUGUGAAGCAUGUGGAACCAAGAAGCCAUGCAGACAGGGUGUUAAGAUUCGCUCUCUGCCACAAAUCCUGGGCAUACAACUAAAGCGUUUUCGGAACAAAGAUGGAAGAACUGUGAAGCUCAACUGUAGAGUCACUUUCCCUGAAACCUUUGACAUUUCUGCGAUUCAGAAGGAAGCUUUCUCUAAGGACUUUACUCAGACUGACUGCAGGUACACUUUGUAUGCUGUGGUUGUUCACUCUGGCUAUGCGAUGUUUGGACACUACACCGCUUUUGUCCGAGAAAAGAGAAGGAAGUGUUGGGUCUAUGCAGAUGACAGCCAUGUUUCCAAGUCCUCUUGGCAAGAAGUGCAGAAAACCUACCAAGAAUCUUACAGAGGGACUGCAUACAUGCUCAUGUACAGAAAAGAUCCAACAGACGGAGGCCGACAGCAGGAUCUCUCAGGCUGAAGGGAUUCGAGACUAAAAGGAGGAUAAUGACACAUAGGAAAUAGCGAAUAAUAAUUUGAUUUUGACAGUCUUAUUAAUCUGGUUUAAGGUUGGUUGAAUGUAUUCUUAUAGUUUAUAUUAUUUAUCACUUUUAGAAGUUUUCCAGAAAUGCUAAAACAGGCAGCAAUUCCUGACUCAAACCAGCAGAUGGCGCUCGAGAAUCAAACGUGCUAUCAAAACACAAAGAAUGGUGGAUAAUAUGGAACCCCGAAUGAUUCAUAAUUAAAUAAAUAAAAACCUUUAUGAAAUAAAUACCAUUUUGAUAAAUAACACACAAAUAUAUAAUAUGGCCAUGAAAUAAUAAGCAAGGUAAUGUUAUUAUGAAAUACAUAUAGCUAUUCUUUAGUAU